UGAGAGGACCAUGGUGAUGGCAUCCACAGAUUCCACACUUCAAACAUUUUCACCUAGUUUUGUGUUAGGAAAUGAGCUUGCGAUCGUCCGCUUCUCAAAUACGGUGCACCUUGUGGAAAGCAGCCAAUCGGGUGGUUUCCCGCGCUCCAAUGACCCACACUUUCCACAGUGACACUGACCCAGAACACGAUUUUGUAUGCUCUAUCGAGAAGCUAUCGAGGCCAGUUGAUUUGGACCUUUUGGCUCAGUUUCAAGUUCAUGGGUAUGGGACUCUACUCAACCCUCACGUUCUCAACAAAUUCAUGUCCUUUUGCGCCAAAUUGGGACUUCUUCAUAUUGGAAUUCAAGGCCAUUCAAUUAUUAUCAAAAUGGGUUUCGGUUCAAAUGUGUAUAUAUGCAGUGCUCUUGUAGAUAUGUAUGGUAAAUGUGGUGAAAUUUCAAGCGCUCAGAAAAUGUUUGAUGAAAUGCCUCAGAGAAAUGUAGUCACUUGGAAUUCUUUGGUUUCUGGGUAUUUGCAUGUUAGUUGCCCGGGAAUUGCUAUUGAUUUAUUUUUGGAGAUGUUGCGAGUGGGGAUAGCUCCAACCCCAUUCAGUGUUUCGGCUGUUUUGGUGGGUUGUUCCCAAUUGGAAGCUAAAAGGCUUGGAACUCAGGUGCACGGUCUAAGUUUAAAAGCAGGAUUUUGCUCUAAGGUUGUUGUGGGAACAGGUUUAGUUGAUAUGUAUUCAAAGUGCUGCAGUGUGGAUGAUUCAAGGCGGGUAUUUGAUCAAAUGUUGGAUAAAAAUAUCUUAAGUUGGAGUUCCAUGGUUACUGGCUAUGCGCAAAAUCAACAACCAGAUGAGGCGAUGGUUUUAGUAAAAGAUAUGCUGCGUUGGGAUCUUAAGCCAAAUUAUGUAACUUAUAAUAGUUUGCUGAGUUCAUUUUCUAGUCCUGAUUAUUUGGAUCAUUGCAAGCAGAUUCAUUGCCGUGUAAUUCAGGAUGGUUUAGUGUCUAAUGCAUAUAUAGUGGUUACCCUUGUGAUUGCAUAUUCGGAAUGUGGUGGUAGCUGGGAGGAAUUUCGGAAGAUUUGUUUGAGUGUCACAAAAUGGGAUCAAAUCUCAUGGAACGCAGUCAUUGCUGGGUUUUCUAAUUUAGGUUAUGGUGAGGAGUCCUUGAAAUGCUUCUUUGAAAUGAGGUUGGCUGGUGUUGAUGUAGACUUCUUCACAUUUGCAAGCAUUCUAAAAGCUGUUGGAAUUAUUUCAGCUCUUGAAGAGGGGAAGCAGGUCCAUGCUUUGGUUUUCAAAAGUGGACAUGCUGCAAAUUUAUAUGUCCAAAACGGGCUUGUUUCCAUGUAUGCAAGAUGUGGUGCUAUUGAUGAUUCUAAGAGAGUAUUUAUAUCGAUGGACAGACAUGACAUGAUUUCCUGGAACGCUCUUCUUUCUGGUUGUGCUCAUCAUGGGUAUGGUAGAGAGACUGUUCAAUUGUUUGAACAGAUGAGAAGAACUCACAUCAAGCCAGAUAAUACCACCUUCCUGGCUGUGCUCACUGCUUGUAGUCAUGCAGGUUUGCAGGACAAAGGGCUUGAAUACUUUAAUUUGAUGAGAAAUGAUGAUUUUCUUGAACCUCCCCAAAUGGAGCAUUAUGCUACAAUUGUUGAUCUUUUUGGUCGAGCUGGGAAUCUCCAUGAGGCAGAAGCCUUUAUCAAUAGCAUGCCAAUAGAGCCAGGACUGUCAGUCUACAAAGCUAUUCUAAGCGCUUGUCAAGUUCAUGGAAAUAAGGAAAUUGCUCUACGUUCUGUAAAAAAGAUACUGGAGCUGUGGCCGAAUGACCCUGCAACUUAUGUGUUGCUAUCAAAUGUGUUGGAGACAGGGGGUUACUGGGAUGAUGCAUCCAAAGUACGGAAGCUCAUGUGUGAUUCAGGAGUGAGGAAAACUCCUGGUUAUAGUUGGAUUUGAGUGAACGAAUAGGAAAUGGAUUCUGUAGUGUGACAGAAAAGGACUAUUUGAUACUCCCUUGGUGUCCCUGGGCAGUUGAUCUUGAACUCGUUUGUUAAGAAGAGGCAGAGAGUAAACUUCCGUUAAUGCCAUACGGUGAUCAGCUGAGUUGGGCAUAUUGAGAAUGGGGUUGGAAGAUUCCAACACAUUUGACAUUCCAUACUACUCAGGAUAGUUUUUCUCCCAUUACAUAGUACAAUCUCUCUCUCUCUCUCUCUCUCUGCAAAAGGUGAAUAAAAAGAAAGAAUGAAAGAAAACACUAAACAAUAAUACAACAGGGCUCAUCCCUCAAAAGAGCGUCCAGAACCCUCCUAGGAAAAGCAUCAGGCCAGAUUGAACACUUAAAACCAUUGAAGAAGCUCCAUUUGGCAAGCUCACGGGCCACUACAUUACCAAAUUCUGCUGACCCAAGAGAAAUCUAUCUGAUGAGCAGAGUUCUCUAGCUGUAAUUGCUGAGUAGAUGCAAUUAGACCAGAAACUUCUCAAUUCUAAGGAUAAAUCAAGUCAUGGUUUUAACUUCCAACUGCGGGGUGAUCAGUUAAAUCUUAAGUUCUUCUAACUUGUCAAGUUCAUAAGGAAAUUGCUCCACCCUUUUUCAGUUGAUCAUACUGGACAUACUGCUGAUGUUAUGCAAUAUCUUGUGCUUUAUUGACCAAUUGGCGGGACAAAAAAGCAACCAUGGCUUUACCCAUUAGGCAUGUAGUUGUGGAGUCAUAAAAUGCCAAUACUCGAUGGAGCAUUGCUCUUGAACAAAUCAAAGUAGGUUGUAAAUGGCAUACCAAAGCCUCAAGUCCUUUACUAGUUGGGCUUAUGUGGACGAAGGCUACUCCUAACUAGGAAUGAACAACCACCCUUAGUGUGGAUUAUGUGCUUAGAAGAAGUCAUGUUUAAUUGCUCGUGAGACAUUGUAGUCAAGAUCUUUGUACACCGUUCUAGUUUGUAUUGCAAAUCCAACUCUG